GUCGCCUUCCUCACAUUCUCUCCACUUCACGAGUUGCACCAGGGGCAUCAUGGCCGAUAGGAGUACUGAGAGCCCUCGCGCCCCUACUCAUGUUGAGGACGAAAAGUGCAGUCAAGCGUCCCACACUGGCCUUGACCUAUAUGAAGAUGAAAAGACCGUGCUAGAUCGACAAACUGCAGGGCCCACCACCUACCUCGGUCCGGCUCGGUUUUUGUUGAGCUGUACGACUAAGGUAGAUGGAGUCAUUCUCAUGAUUAGUUCUAUUGCGGCGAUAGUGGGGGGUGUCGGGACGCCGUUAGCAAUGCUUCUCCUAGGUAGCAUGGGUCAGUCAUUUCGUGGCUAUUUCAUUGGGGACACAGACCUUAAGGAAUUCAACUCCCAAGUCCAUCAAAUAUGCCUUUUCUAUGUCUAUGUAGCGGUGGGCGAGUUCGUCGCCAUCUAUAUUGCGACAGUUGGCUUCACCAUGGUGGGUGAGCGAAUCGCCCAGCAGAUCCGGGAGAAGUACAUGGCAGCGAUAUUCCGACAAAACAUUGCCUACUUUGAGUGUAUCGGGGUCAGCGAGAUCAAUAAUCGUCUUACCAUUGACACAAACCUGAUACAGGAUGCGAUUACUGGCAAAGCCUCUCUGACGCUCUCCGCAAUCGCCACAUUCGUUUCCGCUUUCAUCAUUAGCUUUGCGAAAAGCUGGCGACUGGCGCUAGUAUUGCUACCAGCCCUAGUGCUCAUUGUCGGAUCCAUGACUGUGGGUGCAGCGUGCAUGGUGAAAUACACCAAGCGUGCUCUCGGCGCAUACAGUCGGGGCGCAAGUGUUGCCGAAGAGGCCAUCAGCUCAAUCGAAACAGUCACAGCAUUCGGUAUGCAACAAAGAUUGGUCAAUGAAUAUAAGAAGCAUAUUGCUGCUGCUCGCCUAUCAGGUCUUCAUAGUGGAGUUGCAUUAGCGGUGAUGAUAGCCAUCAUGAAUGGGGUUAUUUUCUGGAGCUACGGUCUCGCCUUCUGGCAGGGCUCACGAUGGAUGGUUAACGAUCAGAUCUCUCUGUCGGCAAUCAUUACUAUACUGUUCGCCACUAUUACAGGGGCCUUUGCGCUGGGGAAUGUGAGUCCACAUACUCAAGCCUUCGUCAGUGGCGUAACAGCCACAAGCAAAAUAUCACAGGCAAUAUGUCGUACAUCACCCAUUGAUUCUAGCCAAUCAACGGGUGAGAAACUAUCAGUAGUCGAAGGGACGAUCGAGCUUAGGAGUAUCCGGCAUGUCUAUCCUUCACGCCCCGGUGUAUUAGUCUUGGAUGGUCUUAAUCUCCAUUUUCCCGCGGGGAAGAUGACAGCUCUUGUAGGCCCUUCAGGAUGCGGAAAGAGCACGAUUGUAGGGCUUUUGGAACGAUUAUAUGACCCUAUAAGUGGCACCAUAUAUCUCGAUGGCCAUAACAUAACUGACUUGAACGUCUCAUGGCUGCGGCAGCAAAUAGGGCUUGUCAGCCAGGAGCCCACCCUAUUUUCCACAACAAUAUUCGAGAAUAUACGUUACGGUCUUAUUGGUACCCAGUACGAGCAUGCAUCAUUGAAAGAAAUUGAACAUCUCAUCGAACAAUCCACAAAAACAGCCAAUGCUUAUGACUUCAUCAUGGCUCUACCUGACGGUUUUCAGACCCAUGUUGGAGAUCAGGGUGGGCUCUUAUCCGGGGGUCAGAAGCAGCGGAUUGCUAUUGCAAGAGCAAUUGUUGGCGAACCUCGAAUACUACUCCUGGAUGAAGCAACUUCCGCAUUAGAUGUCAAGGCGGAGCGUGCUGUACAGAAGGCCUUGGACCAUGCCGCCCGAGGCCGAACUACUAUUGUGAUUGCGCACCGUUUGUCCACUAUUACGGCUGCCGACAAUAUUGUCGUUAUGUCAGCAGGGCGUGUGGUUGAGCAAGGCACUCACCAUGAACUCCUCGCAAAACAGUCUGUCUACCAGGAAUUGGUUAAGCAACAAACUAUCCAAGCUAAAAGGGUAGCCUCCAUAGCCCAACAUGAUGACGUGGGCCUUCAGGACCAGGACCCCAAUGACUUGGUGGACAUCAAAAAUGGGAAAGGUCAAACUACUCCCCUUACUAACAGCGAAAAAGCAACUGUGCACCAAAGCCACGACAUCAUUCGCAAGGACUCGACAUGGGCACUGAUCAAAUUUGUCUUCCAACUGCAUAAAGAUGGCGUAUAUCCGAUCAUUGGUGGUUUAUUUUUCUCACUCAUUGCCGGAGCAAGUCAUCCCACCCAGGCGAUAUUCCUAGCCAAAAUCAUUGAGGCACUCUCACUCAAGUCAUCUAUGUACAACGUCCUUAGGCACAACGUCAACUACUGGUGCUGGAUGUACCUCAUGAUCGGGUUCACCACAGUGAUUGGCUGGCUUGGCCAAGGGGUAUGCUUUGCAUACUAUUCCCAGCGGUUGAUAUAUACCGCACGCAAAAAGGGAUUAGAUACCAUCGUACAUCAAGAUAUAGGACAGUUCUUCCUGCCAGAGUCCUCCUCAUCCAGAUUUACGACAUUACUGUCAACCAGUGCUACUCAAAUCCAAGGCCUAAGUGGUGUCACGCUGGGGACGCUUCUUAUCAUUCUAACGACCCUAAUUGCCGGAUUUGUACUUGCGGUAGCAAUUGGCUGGAAGCUCGCACUUGUAUGCACAUGCACAAUCCCCAUCCAGCUGGGGUGUGGAAUUCUUCGUCUCAAAUGUGUCGCGAUACUAGAGGGUCAUUCGAAAAAGGUCUCUGACGCUUCCGCUGCCUAUGCACGCGAAUACAGCACAGGUAUUCGAACAGUGGCAGCGCUUAGCCUAGAGCGGUUCGUUCAGGGCAAAUACCAUGAUAUACUGGAGGAACAGCGCCGAAAGUCUCUUUUACAAAUUUCGCAAUCUUCGAUUCUAUAUGCCGCAUCACAGUCGUUGAAUUUCUUGUGUGCUGCCCUGGCAUUCUGGUACGGCAGCAGGCUUAUAUCAACUGACCACUACAGCAUGUUUCAGUUCUUUGUAUGCUACACGACCAUCAUUGUGGGUGCAUAUUCUGCUGGUGCCGUAUUUUCGUUUGCUCCUGAUAUUGGAAAAGCAAAGUCUGGAGCCCAGGAUAUGAAGCGUCUCUUUGACAGACCCGUACGGAUCGAUGCUCGACAAGAAGGGGGCAUUUCUGUCUCUCGCAUUGGCGGCUCUAUUGAAUUUCAGAACGUCUCGUUCCGUUAUCCCAACCGUCCGGAGCAUCUCAUACUUGAGGACGUUAACUUGGCCGUUCAGCCUGGACAGUACGUUGCCUUGGUUGGAGAAAGCGGUAGCGGUAAGAGCACUAUUGUUUCCCUUAUAGAGCGAUUUUACGACCCAGAAUCUGGGAUGGUCAUGGUCGAUGAUAUCGAUGUAAAGGCAUGGAAUUUGAGAGACUAUCGGGGCCAUCUCGCACUAGUUGGACAGAACCCAGCUCUCUAUGAUGGAACGAUCCGUGACAAUAUCCUCCUUGGAGCGGAAGGUGAGGUGUCGGAUGCGGCCAUUGUACAGGCCUGCAAGGAUGCGAAUAUCUACGACUUCGUGUGUUCACUGCCUGAUGGCUUCGCAACUAUUGUCGGAGCUCGCGGAGCAAUGCUCUCCGGUGGACAAAAGCAGCGGAUAGCCAUUGCGAGAGCUUUGCUUCGAAACCCACGGAUCCUCUUGCUCGACGAGGCGACAUCUGCACUCGAUUCAGAGUCUGAGAAGAUAGUUCAAGAAGCAUUGGAUGCGGCUACCCGGGGCCGUACCACCGUUGCGGUGGCACAUCGGAUUAGUACGGUUCAAAACGCUGACUGUAUAUACGUGCUCGAGCGGGGACGCAUUGUUGAACAGGGCAAUCACCAGUCACUACUGGAAUUGCGAGGGCGAUACUACGAGUUGGUACAGAUUCAAAACUUUGGCCGGACAUGAUAGUCUGGUAGUCCGUUUAUAAGUAGCAUCAUCCUGUGAUUCUACGGC